AUGAACGGUAUGUGGCUCCUGUCUGCUAUCUUAUUUGUAGCUGCUUUUAAUGCAGUAAUCGGUUGUAAACAUUCGCAUUCUGCAGCUCUCUCUCAAAUUCAAUCUGUUGGCAUUGGAAUUUCAUCAUCUGGUGGUUGCAGUAAUCGUAAUAAUCCAAAAUGUACAUCACUUGAACAAGUGAAUUGUAAUGCAAUUCGUUGUUUAAGAACAUUGAAAACAUCUUCAGGAUGUCCUAUCACAGUUACUGGAGGCACAGAAACUGGUCAUGCUGGUGGGACAUAUUCACAUUCGAAUGGAUACAAAAUUGAUAUUUCACUUAAUUCAUGUAUUAAUUCAUAUAUUACAAAACAAUUUCCUUUUAUUGGUAAACGAGGUGAUGGCGCUUCUCAAUAUAAAGCAUCAAGUGGCAAUGUUUAUGCUCAAGAAGGCAAUCAUUGGGAUAUUACAUUCACUGCCCAAUUUAUAACUGUUGUUAACAGUUCUCACUUUUUGGGUGGCACUAUCAAUUGGCGUAUACAGAAUUCAUCAAUUCAUAGUACAUGGGUAGCUAUACUUAUUACUCAAACAUAUUCUUGGACAUAUACUCCUGGAAAAUGUGAUCACGGUCAAAUUGCUACACAUCAAGCAGUAUCUGGUUCAGCAGGAACACUAACUUGUUCACCUAGUUGUCCGACUGGUUUUGGAAGUGUAUCUGCUGUACCUUAUUGUACUGAUGUUUCCUCACUCAAUGGAAUCGCAGUUGGACAACGUUCAGACAUAGUUUUAAUACCAGCAGGCAGCGAUUUUUCAGCGAUUUAUGCAAGUGGUGCAUGGGGUAGUCUAACAUUAGGCGGAUUUGGUUGGUCUAUUUCAUCACAUAUUAAGCUAGUAAGAAGAUCCGAUAAUGGCAUGUUUAACAAUGCUCCAGUAGCCACCGUCAUGUCUCCAAUCAUUAUCCAACAGAAUAGAAAGACACUAAUUCCUAUUUCAGUCAGCGAUGCUGAUGGAGAUAUUGUUCUAUGUCGUUGGGCUACUACUUCGAAUGGUGUUGAUGAAUGUGGUUCCGUAUGUCCAUCACAUUCAUUACCAGCCAAUACGGUGAUUUAUCCAAACUGUACUAUUGAAGUUACUGGUACAAUUGCUGGUAGUCGAUAUGCUAUAGCACUCAUGGCAGAGGAUUUCAUCAAUUCAACUAGUACAACACCAUUAAGUUCAGUACCUGUUCAAUUUCUUCUUGAAGUCUUUACUCCAUCAUCAUGUUCUAAUCUACCUGAAGUAUCGCUUAAUGGAAAAUCAUGCACACCAAUUAAAGUCAAUGAAACGUUCACAUCCCAAUUACUUGGUAUAAAUGAUUGUGGAGAAAAUGUUACUAUUAUUGAUAUAUCUACAUUGUCUUUUUCUGGAAUGACUCAAGGAUCUCUUGACAAAUUAAGUUCUCACAUUUAUUAUAAAAAUUUAACUUGGACACCAACUAUUGAUCAACUUGGCUAUCAAGUUAUGUGUGCAAUAGCUUUGAACAGUCAACAUGCACAAUCAUCCCAACAUUGUUUCACGUUUUAUGUAACAGAAAAUGGUACAGAUACAUGUCCUGGAGUUAUAGACAAUAGUACAACGACAAUCCUAUCAACAUCAACAUCAACAUCAACAUCAACAUCAACAUCAACAUCAACAUCAACCUCAACCUCAACCUCAACAUCAACCUCAACAUCAACCCAAAUACUAACAUCUAAUUGUAUUAAUUGGCCAUUGAUUGCAAGUCUUGCUGCUUUAGCUUGUCUAACUACGACUUGUAAUUGUUGUUUACUUUCCCAUUGGUAUAAAGGUUAUAAAAAUAAACGACAACGUAAAUCCGACAAAUACGAUUCAUCUAAAAUCUCAACGUCUUUAAUAUCUACAUCAAAGACUAGUUCUACUGUGAUGCCCGUCAAUACUGUCUGUUCUGUUUCGAAUGAGAAUAUGCAUAAAUCAAAUAUUGAUGAAACACCUGUGAAUCGUAUAGAAGGUAAAGAUUUGUGUUUUACUAAGCUUUAUACGAACUAUUAUUCAUUAAAAGUUGACAAUCAUAAACCACGAAAUUUUAUGUCCAAAUUUCAUUAUCCAAAUAGAAAUCCAUUUAUAACAUCAUCUAAUGAAUUAAAUUCAUCUAUUGAACCAUUAAAUCUUGAUCAAAAUCUAACAAUGGUAAGUUCAAAUAGUGUUCUGUCAUAA